CCUAACCUCGACGGCUACUACCGGUUCGACGUCCGCAUCGGCAAAGACUCCACCCACACAGGUACACUUCGCAAAGGCCGCAUGUUCAAGCGCAUGUACUCUGCACUGAAAACCUGUGGCAUCGCCCAUAGGGACCCCUCAAUCCCCGGUUUCUGCAGCGACGAUCGCCCCGAAUGUCCCGACCAUUGCCGUAUCGAACAAAUCGUAUACUCCAAAGACGGCGAAUGGGCUUCAGACUCACACAUUGCACUCAGAGUCAAAUUCUCGUACUUCGACAUCAAGCAUCACCCAAAGAUCCAGGAUCUUGGGUUCCGCAUCGUCGCCCGCAUCUUCGAACUAAUGACCAUGCAGGGUAACAACUGCCUUUUCCACAACUUCCCGUGGUCGCGACGGACACUGUUGUGCAGCGUAGCCGACAAGGUGGAGCUCGCAUUCCCUAUCAACGGCGGUCUCAUCCAGGGCGUCCUCAACGUGGAACUCAUAUGGAGCAAGAAGACGGGAAAAAACACUUUCAAAUGUUUGGGCAAUACUGAGGGUGACGUCGACGCCAUGAUGUGGACGGAUUUUCGCGACCCGCUUUCUGAUGCCAUGGCAUGGCCUGCGAAGCAGAUCCUGCCGUUUGUCUUUUGUGCCGAAGAUAAUUGCUUUAAGCAGGAUCUCAAGAUUGGAGAGCCGUGGCAUGAAGGUAAGGGAUGUAAGACGCUGGAUUGGCCGGUUGGAUGCGAUCCAGAUCUCACGGGGCCGUCUAACCCUAAGCUCAACUGUCCGCCUCCAAGGCGCCAGUAA